AUGUGGCCACUGGUCUCCUUCUUGUUGGCGUGUCUUUCCCUGCCGAGGCUUUUCCAGGAUGCCCUCUACGGUGCAGCUCGAAACCAAAUGCACGCGAUGGUCGUGGCCCUGAACCCGCUUCGGGCAAGGUCGUCGCUGGGCCACUUCGUCAACAUCCUCGUGGCCGCCACGGCCGCGCAUAUGGUGUCUGUGCAAGGGAAGGAGGUUCUCGAGUGCUGCCUGGCCUCUCGUGGGCCCAAAAAGCAGCUUUGCCUUGAGCUUCUCCAACCCGCCAGGCGGUUUCGCGACGGCGCCUUGCAUGCGCUGCUCGUCGGCCUGAGCUUGGCCUUUGGAAGCUUGGCGACGCUGCAGGUGGGGAAGCUGGGUUCUUUUCUUUUCCGGCUGAUCCUGCGGCGACCAAGAGGGCUGCUCCUCGGGGGCAUGAUGCUGGCGCUCUGCCAGCUGCGCCUUCGCCGCGGUGCCGCUUCGGAGGACAAAAGCCCCCAGGCGUCCCAGAGCCUUCCGGCGCUGCUUCUGAACAAGGUGGCCGGGGUGGGUCGGGCUUCCGCCAAAGCGGACGAGGCGAAGCCGGAGACAGAGCCGAAGGAGGCGGCCGGCGAGGUCGCCCAGAUCGGCGGCGAGCUGACGACUCCGACUGUGGAACUCAAGGAUGUGGCUUUGGAGCCGACGCAGUGCAACCCCGAACCGACCAUCCUGGUGCCCACGGCAGACCUUGAGGUCCAAAGCGCCCCUGCACUCGACACCGAGACGGCCGUGCACAUGGAGGUCAGCCGCAAAUCGAACAUGGAAGCCCUGGCCACUGCUCGCAACCGGGAGGCCAAGCUGGGUGCCUCUGCAGAGACAGAGGGGCCUAGGACCUUUGCAAGGUACACGCCCGUGGUGAUGACGCAGAUUGCAGGCAGGUCCGUGACACCUCUCCGUGAGGGACACGCCAGCGUGCCACUGGCGCAAACGCAGGUCUAUCGCGUCAGUCACGGCGUGAUCCAACAGUCAGCGUCGCGCAAGGGCUCUUCCUACACGAUCCCGGUGGCUGUGCGCCCCAGGCAUUCCUUGCCCGGCCAGUCGGCUGGCACUCCAGCAGGACGCGUCCCUUUCCGCCUCGCAUCCGCUGGAUCUGCUCGGAUCGUUCGUCCAGCGGUGCCACCGACGCAGGUGCGAAGCGUGGCAAUGACACCAGUGUACAGGUCAACGGGACACCUCACGGAGCAAAAGGCGGUGCCUCCGCCUCCGAGAGUCUUCGUCUCUGCUCCCGUGGCUGGGGCCGCUGUGCAUUCUGUGCAUUACAGCCCUGACGGCCAUCCGGCCUCAAGUGUUACAGUCACGCAGUCUUGGAGCCCGCCGAAGAAGACAAAUCUCUGA